CCUGGCCUGAAGCACCGUUCCCGUUGCUAGUGAUGAGCUUCUGAAAUUAGGACACGUUCGUCAGUGCAUUCGCCUCCAGAACAGAAAAACAAAAGUUUAAAAAUAAAAGAUACAGUGGUUGAUUAUAAAAUAGAUAUACUCCCCAAAAGACUAUAAAAUCAAAGCUUCAAAAUUAAUCCUCUGAUGCUGUUCUGCUUUCCAACACUCGUCUUUUUUCAUUUACACGGCCAGCUGUUGAAGGUUGACAUCACAGAGCUGCUGAGGAAAACGGUUACAACUGUACACUUAAUCGAAGCCGAAACGCCGCCGGAUUGACUCCACCCCCGGACGCGGUCACCCACGCCGAGGGGAGGCCCCACUAGAGGAAUCCGGCUGGGGCUAGACCCCAGCCGGGUGACGCGGGGGAGACGCUCACCGCCCGCGCUGGGGCGUUUCCGCAGGGCUUCCCGCGAUUCAAAAUCUACGGCUCACGCUUCGCCACGUCCCCCUCAGGAGAAUGUCAGGGACGGCGAGGGAAGGAAACGUCAAAAGUGCUCACGCGGCGAAAUUAAAGGUUGGAACGCCGAGGGGACGCCCAGCCCCGCCGCCCCCGCGGGCUGACCGACUGCGCACGGCCUAGCGCGCGCUUCGGGCCGCUCUCCGCCUGCAGACUCCCCGGCGCCCUCGCGCGGCGUGACGUGAUCCCGGCCGGCGCGCUGUCGUCACUGUGCGUCGGCGUGGGCCCUGCGCGGGCGGGGGGGCUUUGGGAGCACAGGAGCCCAGCCGCCCGGCUCCCUAUUCUGUCGGCGUAGCAGCUCUCGGGGCUGUGGAGGAUCCAGACUACCGCGCCGUUUCCGCGUUUGCUCCACCGGCCCAGCGAUUUACAGCCCUGAAGAGUCUACUUUUUCCCCCUCAUUUUCCCCCCUGCAGUAAUAAAUCCCAUUAUGGAGACUCAGAAACUUUAUAAAGGGAUAUAGUUUGAAUUCUGUGGAGUGUAACUUUGUGUAUGAAUUAUACUUUUAAGAUACGAAGGGUUUUCAGAAAGAAGGCUAGUAGAGUUAAUUACUGGUUUAUUAUGCAUGAGUAGUAAUUUUGUUGGUAAUACAGUACCUUAGGCAUUUGUGAUAACACUAGAAAGGACAAGCUGUAUCUUGAUAAAUUGAUUUACCUUUAAUUACAAAAUGAAUGAUAUUAUAGAUGCAUGAUUCUUAAAUGAAAGACAAGUUAUUUAAUAUUUUUGUAAGAAGUUUCAGCUGUGGAAAUUUUAUGGUUAACUAGUUUUUGAAGAAGAUACCUUCAUUUGAUCAAGUAUACUAAAGUAGUAUACAAAGUUAGGAAGAAGGACAACAUAAUAAUGAUGCUGCAGGAAAUGGAAACAAAUACAGACAAUAUUUAACAAAGGCAGAAGAGUUAGCAGUUUGUGAGUUUUAAGCAAAAUUCAUUUCAUUUGACAUUGUACACAGUAUAACAGGUUUAGGUUCAACAACGCUUGUAGGUGUUGACAUCUCCAAAAGUUGUUAGCUGAAGCUAGUUUAACCUUCUUAAGUAAAUACUAUGAUGAUAAACUUUGUGAAAUUGGCCUUUAGAUAAUGUGACCAUAUGAAGACUUUAAUUCUUUUUGUUUACUAGAAUAAAAGAUUUUAAAAAAAUAUGUUAAAGUGCUCAUAGGGAAAGAAGCCUGCAUAUAGUUUUUUCCUCUUGUAGCAUAGUCGUUAAUUGACUUGAUAUCCCGGCUUUGUAGCUUGUAACUGAAAGCAAAUUAAAGGCAUAAUUUAGGUAUUCUAUCCUUGUUUAGAAUUUUUGGAAUAUAAACCUCCUUGAAAAGUCAAGGAGUCUUAGCAUAUUUUUGGAAGUGUGUCAACUUCUUUCAGGCUAUUAGGUCAGUAUUACACCAAAUAACGAACAAAUAGCAUUUGAGUUAAUAUAAUCCCGGAGAGUAUUAAAUAGUAUCUUGGUAAUUUAGGAGAGAUAUUCAUCCUACCUGAGUAUCAACUCAGGUAUAAAUCCAGUAAAGAAGGUGUAGUGAAUUUUACAUAAGUAGGGGCCUAUCAUUUGAUUCUUUUUUAUGGCAAAAAUCUAAUGUGAAAGGAAGAGAAGUGCCUUGUGAAGGAUUUUAGAGUCAAAAAGUAAAAUGACUCAUGCACAAAACUACCUCCCAAAGACUUUUCCCAGAUCUCUCGUAUCAAAAAAUUAAGAGUACGAUGGAAGAUAGCACGAUCUUGUCAAAUUGGACAAUCGUCAACAAACAAAAAAUGAAAUAUGACUUUUCAUGUGAACUCUACAGAAUGUCUACAUAUUCAACUUUCCCCGUUGGUGUUCCUGUCUCAGAAAGGAGUCUUGCUCGUGCUGGUUUUUAUUACACUGGUGUGAAUGACAAGGUCAAAUGCUUUUGUUGUGGCCUGAUGCUGGAUAACUGGAAACAAGGAGACAAUCCUAUUGAAAAGCAUAAACAACUAUAUCCUAGCUGUAGCUUUAUUCAGAAUCUAGUUUCUGUUACUAGUCUGGAAUCCACCUCUAAGAAUGUUUCUUCUCCAGUGAGAAACAGUUUUACACAUUCAUUAUUACCUACUUUGGAACAUAGUAGCUCGUUCAGUGGUUCUUAUUCCAACCUUUCACCAAACCCUGUUAAUUCUAGAGCAGUUGAAGACUUUUCCCCAAUGAGGACUAACCCCUACAGUUAUGCCAUGAGUACUGAAGAAGCGAGAUUUCUUACUUACCAGAUGUGGCCAUUAACCUUUUUGUCACCAUCAGAAUUGGCAAGAGCUGGCUUUUAUUAUAUAGGACCUGGAGAUAGAGUAGCCUGCUUUGCCUGUGGUGGGACUCUAAGUAACUGGGAACCAAAGGAUGAUGCUAUGUCAGAACACCGGAGACAUUUCCCCAACUGUCCAUUUUUGGAAAAUUCUCUGGAAACGCUGAGGUUUAACAUUUCAAAUUUGAGCAUGCAGACACAUGCAGCUCGACUGAGAACAUUUAUGUACUGGCCUUCAACUGUACCAGUUCAGCCUGAGCAGCUUGCAAGUGCUGGUUUCUAUUAUGUGGGUCGCAGUGAUGAUGUCAAAUGCUUUUGUUGUGAUGGUGGCUUAAGGUGUUGGGAAUCUGGAGAUGACCCAUGGGUUGAACACGCCAAGUGGUUUCCAAGGUGUGAGUUCUUGAUACGCAUGAAAGGGCAGGAGUUUGUUGAUGAGAUUCAAGCUAGGUAUCCUCAUCUUCUUGAACAGCUAUUGUCAACUUCAGAUACUCCUGGAGAUGAAAAUGCUGAUCCACCAAUUGUUCAUUUUGGACCUGGAGAAAGUUCUUCAGAUGAUGCAGUCAUGAUGAAUACACCUGUGGUUAAAGCUGCCUUGGAAAUGGGCUUUAGUAGAAGCCUGGUAAAGCAGACAAUUCAGAGUAAAAUCCUAACAACUGGAGAGAAUUACAGAACAGUUAAUGAUAUUGUGUCAGCACUUCUUAAUGCUGAAGAUGAAAAUAGAGAAGAAGAGAAGGAAAGACAAACUGAAGAAACAGCAUCAGAUGAUUUGUCCUUGAUUCGGAGGAAUAGAAUGGCUCUCUUUCAACAGUUGACGUGUGUGCUUCCUAUCCUGGAUAAUCUUUUAAAGGCCAAUGUAAUUAAUAAACAAGAACAUGAUAUUAUUAAACAAAAAACACAGAUACCUUUGCAAGCAAGAGAACUGAUUGAUACCGUUUUAGUUAAAGGAAAUGGUGCUGCCAACAUCUUCAAGAACUGUCUUAAAGAAAUUGACUCUACAUUAUAUAAGAACUUAUUUGUGGAAAAGAAUAUGAAGUAUAUUCCAACAGAAGAUGUUUCAGGUCUGUCACUGGAAGAACAACUGAGAAGGUUGCAAGAAGAAAGAACUUGUAAAGUGUGUAUGGACAAAGAAGUUUCUAUUGUAUUCAUUCCUUGUGGUCACCUGGUAGUAUGCCAGGAAUGUGCCCCUUCUUUAAGAAAAUGCCCUAUUUGCAGGGGUAUAAUUAAGGGUACUGUUCGUACAUUUCUCUCAUAAAAGAAAAAUAGUCUAUAUGUUGCCUAUAUAUAAAAAUUUUAAAAUAUUAUUUGAACAUUUGAAGCUAUCUGAAGUAAAAAAGGAAUUAUUGAUUCUUUAAUUAGUAACAUUUUUGUUCUACUCUGCUUUCUUUGGUACUAGUAAUCUUGUUUCCAAAAGAAUAUCAUUUAUAAUAUUUAAUCUUAACCUCUGUUUAUAUGAAAGGUAAGAUUUAUGUUUGAGCUAUAUUAGUGUACAUGUAUGAACACAGGAGGAAUUAAAGGAGCAAUGUUAAUGCUAUUAUGUAUCAUUUUAGGAGUAACUAGGUUUGGUAUUCUUUCUGAAAGCUUUGAGUACUACUUUAGAGUGUAGUUGAAAGAAAUGGAAACCAGGAGCUCUGGAGUUUAUCAUAGUUAUAUUGCCAAAUUCUCAUUGGUGUUUUUUCAGUUGUGUUGUAAAAUAAGGAUUUUUCUCUUACAGGUAAAAAAGCUUUUCCCUAAUUUGUGAGAAACAUCUUAAUAAAGGUCUUUGAAAAGACUA